CUAUAAAUUAUCGAUUAGGCUACUAGCUAUUACUUGUUGGGAAAGGAAGUUGAAUUAUUAAUUAUGUUAUAAAUAUCUUUGAUAAGGUUUUUAAAACAUUCGCACUUCAAUUGGUGACCGCGAUUCGUUUGCGAUGGAUCUUUCGUCUUUUGACGAAAGUGUUGGUGAUAAAGUUUCGGAGACGGAAAAUAUUGACAAUGGACGAUCGAUUAUGUUGUCUGACCCUGGGGUUCAAAACUCAUUCGUUGCCAGUCCAACAAUGGAAGAACUUCCAGCGCGCCGGAGGACAAUGUCCCAACCAGGACCUAUAUCUGGAAGUCUCCAGACCGCUAUAGCUGCCCGCGCGAAGCGAAGAUUGCGUAGCGUCAUGUACGCUGAAAAUACUGAAGCAAGCCCGGACAAAUUGAACAAACUAAGUGUGGUCAUCAGGGAUGAUUAUUCCAUACCACCUGCGACACCAGCUAGUGAAAGAAACAGUCAAAGCCCUUACAUCUAUAACAACAAAAAUGGUGACAUAAAAUCGCUAAGUAAUUAUCGUCUUCAAGUAAGCGAUGUGAGAUGUGGAAAUACGCCUCGUAAACGUUCAGUUGUCACCAUGGAUGCCCAAUCUAUACGGUCUAUGGAAACGCAGGCGCCUCCACCCACCAGCCCCGAAGACAAUGCCAGGCUUUCAACAAAAUAUCAAGCCCUUAUACUAAGCUCAAUGUAUGCAAUAUUAUUAGUCACGCUCGGUUUACUAAUAUAUCCAUCGGAACCUUUUGUGGAUUUAUAUUCGCCAUCAUUGAUUUACUCCCUCUGUCUAUUAGCUAUUGGAUGUAUAUUCCAAUUAUACUUAUUAUUCGAUAUUGAAAGAUAUAAAGCGAUUCUCAAGAAAAAUCAAAAGAUUAAAGGGAUGCAUUUGGACAAGUUUGCAGAGUUUUUCAGGAAACAGGAGGAAGAUUUUGCAAACGAACUUGGUGAUAGGACUCCGGAGAUGAGUCGGAAUAGCGCCAUACCUUCUCCAGUACUCAUACCAUUGACACACGAUUAUUGCUUCAGCCAUGGACGACAUUCUGGAAGUUUUUAUUUGAAACUGGGAGCUGCAGGCUUUGCAUUAGGUCAUCUAGUGCAUUCCGUACUGCUAAUUUCAGUACAAGUAGGAUAUCUACUAGACGAAACAAUAUCUAACGAUGAAUGCGUCAACAUACUACAAGUUGUGUUUGAUGUUGUGCAGCCAUUGUACUGUUUUAUACAGCUGUAUUUCAUCUUUAAGUACUGCAAUGUUCUGAUAUUGAGAGGACAGAAACUGGCAUAUUUCGGGUUCAUGCACAUGAUUGGAAGUAGUUUAUGUUUCUGGAUACUUAACAUUGUACGUGAAACCGUUUUAGCUUUGACGAUUUAUGCUCAUCAAAAGUAUGGAAAUACCACAAAAGGCGACACUGAAGAUGUUAUUAUCCACCUUGAUAUAAGCGGUCUGUAUAAAAAAAACUGCACUGGUUCUCAACUUAUGACAACUAUUGUCUCCAGCGUAUCACCGUAUUUAUACCCAUUUGGAGUUGAAUUUAAUAUUUUAAUUGUUGCCGUAUAUUAUAUAAUAUGGAGCAAUAUAGGAAAUUGCGAAAACAUCGACGCAACAGAUGGAAGUUCCAGUUACGAUGAUACUCAAACUAUUUGCAAAAUACCUACAGCGCACGAAGAUAAUGAUUACACAAGUAAUAUUGUGAUAUAUGCAGACUGCCACGCUUCGAAUAAAGGACUGUUUUUGGGCCUAGUUCUUACAGUCAUCGUUGUGGGCAACCUCAUUAUGGGCUUUGUUUUGGGAAACCUUGGAGAGGACUACGCAGUAGUUGGAUACAUAAUUAACAACUGUGUUAAGCUUGGUAUGCACACCAUCAUGCUGCUAGCGGUUGUCAUAGCAUUUAACCAGAUGAGGAAACUUGACAUAAACGAACAUGCCAUCUCCUUGCUGGACGAUAUUCUUCUAUUCGUCUGCUUACCAGCGUUUUUCAUAGAGACGAGCCUGUCUAUGAUAGCGACUAUUAACAUUCUCAAUAUUAUAAGGAGCGUGGAUUUCAUGAUGAUGGUAAUCCAAGUGAUCCUACAAACCGCCUUAUUAGUUGAUGGAUUACGGCGUUGCAGUAACACACGAAAACUGAGAAGAACGAAGCCAGGCAGAGAAAUUCUCAUGUUCCUAUUGAUCGGGAAUGUCGCCAUGUGGAUGAUUUAUACAUUUUCAUACAAAUCCCCCGAUUCAUUGGAUGAGCGGUACAAGUUUUUCGGGAAGGAGUUGUGGAGUAUUUUGGGGCACAUUUCUCUUCCCCUUAUUAUGUUCUAUAGGUUCCAUUCUAGCGUUUGCUUCUCUGAUAUCUGGGGUGCAGCGUAUAAGCCCGGUUCAGAACAUUAAUAUACCUCGCAAUUGGCCGCUCGGAUUUUACUUGAUUUCAAAAAUCAAUUUGGUAAGACUUUUAAGGUAAAAAAGCAUAGAGAAUAAAGAUAAAGAAGUGUGAUGGGGAUUUCAAAUAUAAAUCGUUUUAUUAAUUGUAAAAAAAAAAUAUUUUUUUUACAUUUCACUUAAAAAAAAUUGUAUUUAUUUUUGUAGCUAACGCUCGGCAUUCUGAUUCAUUGCUACUUCAGAAAUACGUGAUUUAAUAUGAUACGCACUUAUAGAUAAAUAUGAAGAGAGAAAAAAAAAAACAUCGAUUCAUAAAUUAAAAUUUAUUUAUUACAGAAAUACAUACAAUCAUAUCACACACUUAGCGGAAUAUUGCAAAUACCAACUUUACGCCAAUAGAUGGCGUUGAUUUCAAUCUAAGUAUAUAACUAAAUAUUUUAGUUAAAUGUCAACUUGCUAUCGACUCCCAAAAUUAAGGCAGUAAGAACUUUGUGAAAAAUGUAAUAAAUCCGUUAAAAUCAACGCACAUUUACUUUCAUAUCUUUUAUUUAAUUUAUAUACAGAAUAUUAUAAUUUUAAUGAUAGUAUAUUAAAUUCAUUUGAAAGCGACUGUGGUUUGGUUAGCAGUCUUGUUAGAAGCGCGACAAAUGCUCAAAUAUACAGCUCAAUUUCGCAUUUAUAUUGUCAAUAUAUUGACAAUAUCUAAUGCCUAAUAUUUUUUACUUUUAUAUUUAUGUGCAUAAUAAUAUUAUGUAAAGUGACAUUCCGUAUCGGAAUAUUAAGGUAAAUAAUAGUUAUGUAAGCUAUUUUUAAGAAAUACU